AUGUCCUUGUGUCGAGCCGCCUACAGAGGAUCCAUACACACCACCAGAAGUUUCUCCACUCCGCCUAUCCUCCUUCCUUCAAGACUUUUCAGUCAAUCUUUCUUUCGCCAAGAUGAUCGUCAAUGGCGCAACCAUCCUCCCUCUCGGUCGCCGAAACACAAUGUCACCAAGGUCCUGCUUGUCGGGCUAGCCAUUGGUACAGGUAUUGGGUGGGGCGUUAAUCAAUACUCGGGCGCAACGACUCGUUCUUCCAAUAAAUACGGCUCCCCCGAAGAUUUCGCUAAGGCAAUUGAAGAGCUCACGUCUCACCUAGGACCAGACAAGGUUUCGACGAACCCCGACGACCUCGAUAGCCAUGGUUUCUCGGCGAACGACUACCAUCCAGGGAUUAGCCCCAGCGUCGUGGUGUACCCGGAAACUACAGAAGAUGUCGUACUCAUCGUGAAAACGGCCACUCGUUUCAAGAUGCCAGUCAUCCCUUAUUCCGGAGCUACCAGCUUAGAAGGUCACUUCCGCGCUUCUUAUGAUCGAUGGCAGCACUCUAGUGGCGGGAUCUGCGUCGACCUGAACCGCAUGGAUCGUAUCCUCAAAAUCCAUCCUGAGGACUCGGAUCUUGUCUGUCAACCAGCUGCUCGAUGGAUGGACAUAAACGAGACGUUGAAGGAGAAAGGCAUCCCAUUAUUCUUCCCCUGGAAAGGCCGAGCUGACGUUUGGCAUCAGAUCGAUCCAGCUCCAGGGGCGACUAUUGGUGUAGCCGUCGCCCAAUUCCCCGACGUCAAAGCCGCCACACAAGCAGUCGCCGAAAUCCUCAACAGGGGCGUUGGAAUCCAAUGUGUCGAACUAGUCGACGACGUCUUCAUGCGCGCUACCAACACUUAUGGCGUCUCAAAGCGGAAAUGGGCAGAGAAGGAUUCGUUGUUUUUUAAGUUCCAAGGGCCAACGGAGCGGUCUCUGAAGGAGACGGCUGAGAUUGUGAAGGGCGUGGUGAAGAAGUAUGGUGCGAAUGGGUUCGAGCUGGCGAGGAACCGGGAGGAAGCGAAUGAGCUUUGGCAGGAUAGGAAGAAUGCGCAUUAUUCGGGAUUGGCGCUUAUUCCUGGUUCGAAGGGCAUUGCGACGGACGUUUGCGUCCCAGUAUCGAGGCUUCCCGAGCUCGUUCACGAGACGAAGAAAGAUCUGGCGCAGGUUGGCCUCGUAUCGACGAUAGUAGGCCAUGUAGGGGAUGGAAACUUCCAUGCGCUCAUUUUAUUCGAGAAUGAUGACGAGUUUGGGAGAGCGAAAGGCGCAGUUGAUAGGAUGGUUAAGCGUGCUAUUGCGCUUGAUGGUACCUGCACCGGGGAGCAUGGCGUCGGCCUUGGGAAGAAGAAAUACCUAGUGGAGGAGUUGGGAGAGGGUACUGUCGCGUUGAUGAAGACGAUCAAAAAGGCGAUUGACCCGCUGGACUUGUUUAACCCUGGCAAGCUUUACCCCGACGAAGAUUCUCCAGACUCAAGAGAACAUAGAUGA